CGGCCAUCUGCCGCACUUGUAUCAUGUACUAGCCGUGUGCUCCAUGCAUCCGGAGAUCGGCUCAGGCGUUUCGAGUGGAGAUGUUCGGUGGACCCAGAUCUCGAGGUCAUGCCGUCACUCACAAGAAAUCCGUCUCUGCGAUACUUAGAAAUAAUGCUUCUGGACGUUACCCCAUCGCCACAGAAGAUACACACUACUCUCACCGCCGUGCUAUCAAACAUCGUCAGCGUGGACCUGCAAGGCGUGGAGAUUCAGCUCGCUCUGGCUCACCUCGAGGUGUUCCCCCGACCCCAGAAUCAUGAACGGAGGCCCGCGUUGGUACUAAACCCUGCCGAGUCCAUCGCUGUAUUUCACACCAUUCUCUCACGCGUGGUAUUCAAUGGGCUGCCGCGCAAUCCCUGGACCAACCAGCGUCAGGGUAUAGAGGUCAGUCUCGAUGUCCGAAACAUACAGAACAAUCCCACCGCAGUAGCCACUAUCAAAGCCUACUUGAUCACUCUCUUUACGCCGUGGUUGGAUCGCGGAAUCGUGCAAUUGUCGUUUCAUUCAUACUAUGACAGAGACACUUUCGAGACUAUCAAAAGUGUUCCUACGUCCGAGCUCAGAGAGGAGACAUCGAGCGAUCACGGAGGCGAGGACGUCGAAGAAAGCACAGUCGUAGGAACAAACGUUUAGAAGAAAGCUCGCGAGGGAAUGAGAGAGACGGACACUGGCGUGAACAAGUCGGGCGGACGCAGUUGGUCGCGCAGGAUAGCGGCACGAAUCUUGUACGAUCCACGGUCAUUCAUGGAUGGAGAUUAUUAUAUAGACUGACAGGUAUCACGACGACAUUGUUGAAAAGCAUAGUCUUGAAGGGAUUCGCGUCUCCUUCC